AUGACCUGCUGGCUGCCUAUGCUGGGCUUGCAACUGCUACUGUUGCCCACGGCGCCUCCUCUGGCCGCUGGCUGCCCUGCCCGCUGCGAAUGCUCCGCAUCCACACGUACAGUGGCCUGUGGGCGCCGCCGGCUGACUGCCAUCCCCGACGGCAUCCCAGCUGAGACACGCCUGCUGGAGCUCAACCGCAACCGCAUCCGCUGCCUGAACCCUGGGGAUCUGGCCUCGCUGCCCAACCUGGAGGAGUUGGACCUCAACCACAACGUGAUCGCACACGUGGAGCCUGGGGCGUUCGCCAACCUGCCCCGUCUACGCAUCCUGCGUCUACGUGGCAACCAGCUGAAGCUUAUCCCACCCGGCGUGUUCACGCACCUGGACAGCCUCACGCUGCUGGACCUCAGCGAGAACAAGCUGGUCAUCCUGUUGGAUUUCAGCUUCCAGGACCUACGCAGCCUCCGGCGGCUGGAAGUGGGCGACAAUGACUUGGUGUUCAUCUCCCGCAGAGCCUUCGCGGGGCUCCUGGGGCUGGCCGAGCUCACCCUGGAGCGCUGCAACCUCACGUCGCUGUCCCCGGAGUCGCUGGGCCACCUGCGGGGCCUGGGCGCUCUGCGCCUGCGCCACCUGGCCAUCGCCGCCCUGGAGGACCAGAACUUCCAGAAGCUCCCGGGCCUCUCGCAUCUGGAGAUCGACAACUGGCCGCUGCUGGAGGAGGUGGCCCCGGGCAGCCUGCGUGGGCUGAACCUCACGUCGCUGUCCAUCACGCACACCAACAUCACGGCUGUACCCGCCGCCGCGCUGCGACAGCAGGCCCACCUCACGUGCCUCAACCUGUCGCACAACCCCAUCAGCACCGUGCCGCGGGGCUCCUUCCGGGACCUGGUGCGCCUGCGCGAGCUGCACCUAGCUGGGGCCCUGCUGGCUGUCAUCGAGCCGCAGGCCUUCGUGGGGCUGCGACAGAUCCGCCUGCUCAACCUCUCGGACAACCUGCUGUCCACGCUGGAGGAGAACACGUUCCACUCCGUGAACACGCUCGAGACGCUGCGCGUGGACGGCAACCCGCUGGCCUGUGACUGUCGCCUGCUGUGGAUCGUGCAGAGGCGGAAGACCCUGAACUUCGACGGCAGGCUCCCCGCCUGCGCCACCCCGGCCGAGGUGCGUGGCGAUGCCCUGCACAACCUCCCUGAUUCCGUGCUCUUCGAGUACUUCGUGUGUCGCAAGCCCAAGAUCCGGGAGAGGCGGCUGCAGCAUGUAACCGCCACCGAGGGGGACGACGUGCGCUUCCUGUGCCGGGCCGAGGGAGAGCCCAUGCCCACGGUGGCCUGGGUGACGCCCCAGCACCACACGGUGACGGCCGCCAGCCGGGGCCGCGCACGCGUGCUGCCUGGGGGCACGCUGGCCGUCGCGGACACGAGGCCCCAAGACAGUGGCACCUACACGUGCGUGGCCAGCAACGCCGGAGGCAAUGACACGUAUUUCGCCACCUUGACCGUCCAGCCGGCCGCCAACCGGACCCAGGGCAAUGGGCUCAAUGAAACCCAGGUGGGCGUCCGGUUCCCGCUGGACCUCACCACCAUCCUGGUCUCCACCGCCAUGGGAUGCAUCACCUUCUUGGGCGUGGUCCUCUUCUGCUUCCUGUUGCUUUUUGUGUGGAGCCGCGGCCGAGGGCAGCACAAGAAUAACUUCUCCGUGGAAUACUCCUUCCGUAAGGUGGACGGUCCAGCAGCCGCAACCGGCCAGGGCGGCACGCGCAAGUUCAACAUGAAGAUGAUCUGAGUCGGCCCCACGGUGGCCUGGUGGGGACCUCUCAGACCU